GUGUGAUAGUGGUUGACUGUGAGUGUGCCUGGGGAAGUUGUGAGUGUGGGGGGAAUUAUUUAACUGAUAUCAAUGUGAAAUUAAAUUAUUUUACUCGAAUAUAAUUUAUUAAGCACUUUAUCAAAACCAACGACUUAUAACCAUGGUUGCAACAAGCACGCUCAAGAACAAGAACUCGGAGUGCAUAUCCGAGGUGUUCGAUCGUCGUUACGACCAGAGCUACAUUGAAGAUGAGCUGGACUUCUGGGAGCGUUGCCUGGCCGAGCCCCCGGUAGGAAUGGACAUUGGCGUCGGCGGCGUCGCGGAGUCUCUGCGCGAGGAGAACCGCACGUGCCAGCAGCUGGCCAAGCUCCUGGAGGGCUGCCUGUCCCGCGCCAAGAAGAGCACGCUGCACUGCGCCGAGGUGCUGGUCCCCGAGACGCUAACGCGGCGCAUCGCCCGCGACGUGCUGCGCCUGGCGUCAGGCGAGCCCUGCGGCCUGCGCGGCUGCGUGCUGCACAUCCACCUGGAGGCGGAGCGUGGCUGCAAGCGGCUGGAGCGCAUCGUUUGCGACUCCAGCGUGGUGCCCACCUUCGAACUGACGCUGGUCUUCAAGCAGGACGGCAACGCCUGGCCCAGCCUCAGGGACUUCUUCCUCAUCGGCGCCUGCUUCGCCCCGGGCUUCCGGCACGCGCUGAAGCUCAGCCCCGGCUUCCGCCUCAUCAAGAAGAAGCUGUACUCCUCCUCCCCGGCAGGUACCGUGGUGGAGGAGAACUGAGCGCGCUCGGACUGGAUCCGGGCUGAACACUUGGGUUGGGUCAGGGGGUGGGGUGGG